ACAUAUAAUAAGCUCUUCCUUCUUCCUGUUGAUAACUACGAUGAAAUUCAAUCAUAAAAACAAGUAAACAUUAAAUAUAAGACAGCUUACAGAUAACAUGUCUUUUGUGGCGAACAUACAAAAAAGUUGCAGAAUGAAGUUUCAGAUGAAACUAUUUUUGAUAUUAGUAUGUGCUGGACAGACUCUAGCUGGUUCAUUGAUAUUCACAUCAGCAGACCUCGACAAUGAAUGGGAACUAUUCAAGACAUCUUACAAUAAGACCUAUUCAGAUAAUACUGAAGAUUUGAAUACGCGUUGGAUAUGGGAGGAUAAUGUCCGCUUUAUAGAACAUCACAAUAUGGCGGCAGAUAGAGGCGAACAUAGCUACUGGCUUGGAAUUAAUCAUCUCGCUGAUCUGUCCUUAGGUGAAGUAAAUCAGAUGUUGACACAAUACAGAAACAAUCGUUCAUCAGAUGGAUCUACUUACCUCCCACCGAAUAAUGAAAAGAAACCGGAGGAAGUCGACUGGAGAAAGCUAGGAUAUGUCACAGCUGUUAAAAAUCAGGGACAUUGUGGAUCAUGCUGGUCGUUUGCAGCCACUGGUUCAUUGGAAGGUCAACAUUAUAGAAAGACCGGGAAACUUGUGUCAUUGUCGGAACAGAAUCUUGUGGAUUGUUCAUCUAAUUAUGGUAACAAAGGGUGUCACGGCGGGUAUGUGUCUAAAGCAUAUCAAUACAUUAAAGACAAUGGAGGGAUAGAUACUGAAUCCUCUUAUCCUUAUGAAGCUACGGAUGACAAGUGUAGAUUUAAGGAGAAUGAUGUUGGAGCUACAGCCACAGGAUUUACCAAUAUUGAAUCUGGAGAUGAGAAGGCUCUUCAGUCUGCAGUAGCUACCGUUGGACCAAUAGCUGUCGGGGUUGAUGUAAAGCGGCCUUUUCAACUCUACAGAUCAGGUAUAUUCGACGAUCCAACUUGUAGCUCUGUGACUUACAACCAUGGUGUUUUAGUUGUUGGUUAUGGGACGGAGAAUGGUCAGGAUUACUGGUUGGUGAAAAACAGUUGGAGUGCUUUCUGGGGAAUGGAUGGAUACAUCAAAAUGUCAAGGAAUAAAAACAACCAAUGUGCAAUAGCCACCGAUGCACUCUACCCUCUUGUCUGAACUGAUUUUACGUUUUAAUUAUUUACCUUUCAUUAUAAUUUUUCAUUUUUGUAUUUAUAGAAUUAUCGCAUUGUGUUUAUUUCAUUUGUAUGUAUAGUAAAUAAAACACCUUCACAUAUGUAAAGAGAUACAAUGUAACGAGAUAAUAUUGUAUUCCAGGGUAGAAUUGUAACGAUUAUGUAUUGAUUUUUUUUUGUUGAUGUUUUUCCAUUAUUUACAGUAACAUAAAUAUGACAUGCGAUUUUUUUGUUUGUAUACAAAAUCAGACAAAACAUGGCAUUAUACCAGUUACUAUCAUAUUCAUUCGCAGAUAUAAACAUAUCAAUUGAUUUGUAUUAAAAUGUCAUGCUAUUUGCGUCGUUUACAAAUGUGCCUUCUAAUACAAAUUUAAUUAUUUAAAUGCCAAUUUCAAGACAUCUUAACAAAUUUAAGAUAAAUGAAAUGAACUUUUCACUUGUAUUUUAAACUUCGACCAUACACUUUAACUAAUGACGCAAUCGAAAAAUAUCUUUGAAUUCAUAUAAAAUAUUCCAAAAAAUUUAAAUCUCUACAAACAAAGUAACGUUUAUUUUAAGUUAUUUAAUGUGGUUUUUGUUGCAAUUUUAAGAAAUGAUUUUAUAAAGAAUACUGAUAUGUA